AUGGCUGAUCUUCAAUUGAUAUUGGCAAAUCCAUUGUCCGAUUCUAACGUACUGGCUUCACCGGUGGUACUAGCAAUAUCGACGUUGUCCAACUCCAACGUUUUAGCCUCACCGGUUAUCAGUUACAUGGAUGGAUAUAAUUAUUGCAUAAGAUUUUGUACAAAAGAAUUUUUCGAAGUUGAAUGCCAAGCUGAGUGCAGAAAAAGGAAUUACUCUUUAGGGUGGUGUCUUGGUGCUGCACCUCAUUUUCAAUGUUGUUGCAAAAAAUGA